UGUCCCUUUUGAGUUUAACAGCACUCUUUUUGUUUGGAAACGUAAAGAUUCUAAUAAAAAUGCUACCACGCGAGGGUUUGCUGGUGAUCGGUGUGAUAUUUCACAUCGUUUAUCUUUUCAGUAUAUUCGACAUUUACUUCACAUCACCCCUCGUUCAUGGCAUGAAACCUCACAAGAGUCCAUUGGCUGCACCUGCCGAUAGACUAGUGUUAUUUGUUGGUGAUGGAUUGAGAGCAGAUAAAAUAUUCGAAUUAGAUGAAUUUGGAAAGACAAGGGCACCAUUUUUACGCAACGUGAUUAAUUCGCAUGGCAGUUGGGGUGUAUCUCAUACUCGUGUACCAACUGAAUCCAGACCCGGACAUGUCGCCAUUAUCGCUGGCUUCUAUGAAGAUGUCAGUGCAGUUACAACAGGCUGGUCCAUGAAUCCUGUCAAUUUCGAUUCUGUUUUUAAUCAAUCCGAGCAUACUUGGUCAUUUGGAUCCCCCGAUAUUUUACCAAUGUUCCAACACGGUGCAAGUGAUCCAAGCAGAGUUGAGACUUUUAUGUAUCCACCCGAGUAUGAGGAUUUUUCUGGAGAGGCAUCAAAGUUGGACAUUUGGGUGUUUGAUCAUGUCAAAGACUUAUUCAAAAAUGCUACUACUGAUCCAGUAUUGUACAGAAAAUUACACGAAAAGAAAAUUGUCUUUUUCCUUCAUCUUUUAGGACUGGAUACAAACGGUCACGGAUUUAGACCAAUGUCAGAGGAAUAUUUAAACAACAUCAAAUUGGUAGACGAAGGUGUUAAGGAGAUGGUUGCUUUAAUCGAGGAUUUUUAUCAAAAUGAUGGGCGUACCAGUUAUAUUUUUACUGCAGAUCAUGGUAUGAACAACAGAGGUGGGCAUGGAGACGGACAUCCUGAUUGCACACGUACACCCAUCAUUGCUUGGGGUGCUGGUGUUCGUGAGCCUAUUAAAUCUGGUCUUGGACACGAUGAUUUCUCAGCUCCUUGGGGAUUAUCUGAACAACAGCGUGAUGAUAUUCGUCAAGCUGAUAUCGCUCCAUUAAUGGCCCAUUUAGUCGGUAUCAACCUUCCUGUUAAUUCGGUGGGUGAGCUCCCCUUGAACUAUUUAAAGGCUGAUGAAAAAAGUAAGGCUGAGGCUGCAUUUUCCAAUGCGCGUCAAAUUUUAGAGCAAUACGUGGUCAAGCAUAAUGAAAAGAAGAGAGAUGAAUUAUUCUUCAGACCCUUCAAUGGAUUAUCAGGAGCAAAUCAUCCUGACAUAGUCUUAAGAGAAAUCUUGAAAUUGAUUGACGAGGAGAAGUUUACACUUGCAGAACAAAGAUCAAAAGAAUUGAUGGCGCUUUCGCUUGAAGGUCUUCGUUAUUUUCAAACUUACGAUUGGUUAUUCUUAAGAAGCAUCGUUACCGCAGGAUAUGUUGGCUGGUGUAUCUUUUGUCUCCAAUUCGUUAUCCGUAAUUUUGUUUUGUCUGCUCGUUCUCGCUCUCAAAUUGAAAUCUCUCGUUCGUCGGGUAUCAUCAUUAAUGUUUUAUCUUUUGCGAUACUCGGUGGUCUUUCAACUAUGCUCUGGAUUCAAAAAAUGCCUAGUAUGUAUUAUGCCUAUGUCUUCUUCCCUGUCUUUUUUUGGAACCGUAUCGUCCACAACUAUCGCUCCUUAAAACAAGCCUUAAAUUUGUGUCUUCGUGGAGGCGUUGGUAGAUUUAUGGUUAUUCUUAUAUCUUCAUUGUUGUUUUUGGAAGCACUUGUGUGUAGUUUCUUUUACCGUGAAGUACUCAGCGUUAUAUUCUUGGUAUUGGCUGCCUGGCCUAUGAUUAUGCCUGCCAAGAUCCACAGAAAGCACAAGUCUCUCUUAGUGGGUUGGACCAUUUCCUGCAUUUGCACCAGCGUAUUUACAUUAUUGCCUGUUGAAAAAGGAGAGAACAUUUCUAUUGUUGUUUGUGGUGGUAUUAUUGGUGUGAUUGCUGGUGGCUUUGUUUUAAAUAAGCUUGUGAAGGCGAAUCGUGUUAGCAAGGGAAUGGAAGCAAUCAUGUAUACUCAACUGGCUGUUGUCAUUGCUAGUGUAGGAUUAGUCUACUCGACUUCAUCUAGUCUCCAAAGACGUGAUGGUCUUCCAGUAUUUAACCAAAUUGUUAGUUGGAUUAUUAUCUCCGCUUCAAGUGUCUUCCCAUUUAUCUAUCGUGGACCUUCAAACGAGAAUUAUUUGACAAGACUAUUAUCGAUCUGCUUUGCUUUUGCCCCUCUCAUGACAUUACUGAGUAUCUCUUACGAACUCCUGUUUUAUGUAUUCUUCUGCAGUACCGUAUUGAUGUGGCUCGAAGUCGAACGCAAGCUCUACAGCGAUAUACGUCAACCUGUUACUCGACCUCUCAAAGCAAGUGAUGGACGUGCAGUAUUGAUAUUUUUAUUCUUUAUCGAUGUUGCCUUUUUUGGUACCGGUAAUGUUGCAUCUAUGAGUAGUUUCUCUUUAGAGAGCGUAUACAGAUUCACUACCAUCUUCGAUCCUUUCUUAAUGGGAACUCUUCUUAUUCUCAAGGUCCUCAUCCCCUUCUUUGUUGCUUCGUCUGUACUGGGUAUUCUUAGUUCAAGUAUUGACCUUCAACCUUUCACAUUAUUCCUAACUGUGAUGAGUAUCUGUGAUAUUCAAACGAUCAACUUCUUUUUCUUUGUGACGGAUUAUGGAAGCUGGCUCGAAAUCGGUACAUCCAUCAGCCAUUUCUGUAUCGCAGAACUUUUUAUUAUCUUUACAAUGGUCCUGUUCCUUUUAUCUAGACUUCUAGUUGGACAUCUCGUUCUUCCUAAGAUUAAUAGAAUUGUGGAUCAGAUGAGACCAAAACAUGCUUAAAAAGCCGUUUCUUUAAAAUUAAUAAUAAAGUAUUGUAUUCAGACGUUUA